AGCAGGCAGAAAUGGGCACCCUGCGCGACCUCCAGUACGCGCUCCAGGAGAAGAUCGAGGAGCUGCGCCAGAGGGACGCGCUCAUCGACGAGCUGGAGCUGGAGCUCGACCAGAAGGACGAGCUCAUCCAGAGGCUGCAGAACGAGCUGGACAAAUACCGCUCCAUCAUCAAGCCGGCGACCCAGCAGGUCCACAAGCAGACCGAGCUGCAGGAGCAGCAGCGCACCAAGAGGCAGGCGAUUUCUGCCGAACCCACCGCCUUCGACAUCCAGGAGCUCAGCCAUGUCACCCUGCCUUUCUACCACAAAAGCCCGCAGUCCAAGGAUUUGAUCAAAGAAGCUAUCUUAGACAACGACUUCAUGAAGAACUUGGAGUUGUCACAGAUCCAAGAGAUUGUGGACUGCAUGUACCCUGUGGAGUACGGAAAGGACAGCUGCAUCAUAAAGGAAGGCGAUGUGGGCUCACUGGUCUACGUCAUGGAAGAUGGGAAGGUGGAGGUGACAAAGGAGGGCCUGAAGCUCUGCACCAUGGGGCCGGGGAAGGUGUUCGGAGAGCUGGCUAUUCUCUACAACUGCACCAGGACUGCCACUGUCAAGACUUUAACAAAUGUGAAGCUGUGGGCCAUCGACCGACAAUGCUUUCAGACGAUCAUGAUGAGGACGGGGCUCAUUAAGCACACGGAGUACAUGGAGUUUCUGAAAAGUGUCCCCACAUUUCAUGACCUACAGGAGGAUAUCCUGAGCAAGCUUGCUGAUGUCCUUGAGGAGACACAUUAUGAAGCUGGAGAGUACAUCAUCAGACAGGGGGCCAGAGGAGACACCUUCUUCAUUAUCAGUAAGGGGAAGGUUAAUGUGACCAGAGAAGACUUGCCCAACGGAGAGCCCGUCUACCUCCGCAGCCUCGGGAAAGGAGACUGGUUUGGAGAGAAAGCAUUACAAGGGGAGGACAUCAGGACAGCCAGCGUCAUCUCAGCAGAGGCAGUCACCUGUCUAGUCAUAGAUCGAGAUUCAUUCAAGCACUUGAUUGGAGGUUUGGAGGAUGUGUCCAGUAAAGGCCAUGAAGAUGCUGAUGCAAAAGCCAAGUACGAGGCAGAGAAUGCAUUUUUCUUCACUCUUAACCUGGCCGACUUUAACAUCAUCGACACUCUGGGGGUUGGGGGUUUCGGACGUGUUGAGUUGGUUACACUACUUUCCCAGGUUCAACUCAAAAGCGACGAGAACAAGACCUUUGCCAUGAAGAUCCUGAAGAAGCGGCACAUUGUCGACACGAGGCAGCAGGAGCACAUUCGUUCAGAGAAGCUCAUCAUGCAAGAGGCCCACUCUGAUUUUAUUGUUAGACUAUAUAGAACCUUCAAAGACAGUAAAUACCUCUACAUGUUGAUGGAAGCGUGUUUAGGAGGAGAACUGUGGACCAUCCUUCGAGACCGAGGCUCUUUUGAAGACUCAACCACCAGGUUUUAUACAGCCUGCGUGGUGGAGGCCUUUGCUUAUCUGCAUUCCAAAGGUAUCAUCUACCGAGACCUGAAACCAGAAAACCUUAUAUUGGACCACAGGGGUUAUGCCAAACUGGUGGACUUUGGCUUUGCGAAAAAGAUUGGGUUUGGGAAAAAAACAUGGACCUUCUGUGGGACACCAGAGUAUGUAGCACCGGAGAUCAUUCUGAACAAGGGUCACGACAUCUCAGCCGACUACUGGUCUCUGGGGAUCCUCAUGUUUGAGCUUUUAACUGGCAGUCCUCCAUUCUCUGGGCCUGAUCCAAUGAAAACUUACAACAUUAUUCUGAGAGGUAUUGACAUGAUUGAAUUCCCAAAGAAAAUUACCAAAAACGCUGCCAACCUAAUCAAAAAGCUAUGCAGGGAUAAUCCUUGUGAAAGACUGGGAAACUUGAAAAAUGGUGUCAAAGACAUCCAAAAGCACAAAUGGUUUGAAGGCUUUAACUGGGAGGGUUUGAAGAAGGGGACGUUGACGCCUCCUAUUAUUCCUAAUGUCACGUCACCAGUUGACACAAGUAACUUCGACAGCUUCCCUGAGGACAACGAAGACCCGCCUCCAGACGACAACUCCGGCUGGGAUGUUGAUUUUUGAAAUCCGCUUCGCCACUUAAAACCAAAAGAAACUCUUCUUUUGUUUGGCUUUGGAUGGCCAUUUUGAGGACGUGAUCAGUUGUUGAAAAAUAAACUGCAUUACAUUUUUUUUUAAAGAUGAUAUCGAAAAGAUGCUAAACAAGAUGGAUGGCAAACCCUCUGGGUCACCGAAAUGCCUUUCUCUUCCCCACUGUGGCUCUGGAUAAAGCAUUUUCUAAUGGGACCGCUGUAGCACUCCUUCAGUGUUGUCUUACACUCAAGUUUAUAGGCAAAAGCAACGAUAGUGCAGGGAUACACAGACAUACACACACAACAGAGGCUG